AGGAGCAUUUCCCAAGCCAGGAACUGUCGUCCCCAUCCGAGCUCGCUGGGAAAACCGGGAACUGUUCCACACUGGAUCUCAAUUAACCCCAGGGUUUUUUCCCUUUUCCAGGCAGGACGACAUGGAGCCUUUUUCUCUCUCUGAGCUUGGGCUCCCAACAGAAAACAAAGCUAUCCAGGGAAUUCUCUGCCCCAUGGCUGUGGAGCUCUGCCACCUCCUCCUCGCCCUGCAACGGGAAGAUGGGAUUUCCCUGGCCUUUCCCAAUUUGGUGGGAAAGGCGGGAAAAUUAGCCAAAGCUACGGAAGAACUCGCUGCUGUGGCAAAGAGGCUGUCUGAAGAUUCCGGCCAGGAGGGGAGCGCGGAGAUGUGUCCCGUGGGUGAAUCCCUGCUCCAGGCUGGGAGGGACGCGCUGCUGGCUGCAUGCCAGCUCCAGGAGCAUCCGGACAGCCCUCGGCACCGACAGCACCUGGCAGCGGCUGCCAAGAGGAUCCUGAUGGAGACAGCAAAGCUCCUUCAGCUGGAAGAGGCUGCAGGGAUGAGGAGGAUCACUGGCGCUGCCAGCUGGCUCCUGGAAUGCCUGAGCGUGCUGCGGGGUGCCCGGGACGCUCCGGGAAUGCUGGCUGCAUUCCAGGCCUUUUCUGAGGCCGUGCUCCUGCUGAGCCGCCUGACAGCCAAGCGGCUCCAGGAACUCCGAGACUGUCCUGCAGGGAAGAGCUUGGCCCAGACCCUGCAGCUGCUCCACGAGUGUGUCCCACUCAUCCACACAGCCAAGCACAGCGCCCUGACACCUCCCAGGGAUUGCCGAGCUGACCUCUCCCAAGAUCCUGUUUUCCAGCUGGCGGAGAGGAUCAUCAGGGAGCUCCUCUCCCUGCUCACAGAGCCACAGGACAGGAGUGGGAUCUUCUCCCAGCAGGUGAGCAGGCUCCAGGCUCUCCUCUCCCAUCCCGACCCCCUGCGCCUCUCCGAGGGCGGGUUCAGCUCCCACUUGGAAGCAGUCAUUCUCCAUGGAAUGCUGCUGGCAGAGUCAUCCAGGCUGGAUCUGCGGCUGGAGCUGGUGGAACGUUGCUGGGUCCUGCUACAGCUGAGGAGGAGCAUCUGCAGCCACCUGAGCCAGAGGGAGGAACAGCCAGGACAGAGGCAGGGAGGACAUUUGGAACGGGAAUGUCGCAGCCUGAGGGAGGAGCUGGAAAACCUGGACCGGGCAGCGCUCAGGGCCACGCUGUGCCAAAUCCUGGAUGGAUUCUUCGAGGAGAAGGAGCCCCUGAGGCAGCUGACUGAAGGUGCCCUUAGCCUUGACGGCUCAGGAUGUUUUCCAGCAGGACCAGGAGGAAUUUUAAGGAAGCUCCAGCCUCUCAUUGCCGCCUUCUUUGCUCAGGCCCAGCAGAUGCUCCGAGCGGCCGAUCUGGUCCUGGCCAGGUGUGCCAAGGCCCAAACUGCCAGGGAAAUCCGGGAGGGCGUGGAGCACCUGCGGAGCCUCCUGGCCAGCCUCCCUUCCCUGCUCACAGAAACAAGCAGGAAUUCCAUGGAGCAGCUCCAGGCCCUGUGCUGUGCAUGGCCCAGAGCCACCCACGGCCUCCUGCGCUGCUUUGAGGAGACCUUUGGCAUGAGGGAAUUCCUGGAGUUAUCCAUGCUGGAGCUGGCCAAGCACAAGGAAUGGUGCCAAGCGGCGCUGGAACGCCGAGAUCCCGAGGGAUUCUCCUGGCACGCCGCUCGCCUCACGGGCUGGGCACGCUGGGUGGUUGGAGCCACCACCCGGCACGUGGACGGGGCCACGGAUCCCAUCUUCAGGAAUGGUUUGCUGGUGUGGGUGGAGCAAUUGGCCAAAUCCAUCCUGGAGCUGGGAGCAGUCAGGGCCCUCAUCCCAGGAAGGUUUUCCUGCCUCCAAAGCCGGGAUGCCCUUUUGCAGGCAGUGAGCUCCCUGAUGGACUCUGCUCUCCGUGUCCAAGCCGGGCUGGAUGGGUCCAACCACCCGGAGAUCCUCAGCCCUCUCCGGGAGCAAGUGCGGAGCACCAGGGUGGGAAAGGGGCUGGAGCUCAGCCUGUCCCACACUGGAAUACAGACCAGUACAGAUGAGGCAGCGUUCCAAGGAGAUAUCCAAAGCCAUCCAUCUGACUUCCCCCUGGAUGCAUGGAAAGGGGACACACACCCUGUCAUUGCAGCUCUCCUGGCAGCAUCCCAAGCCGGUGACACGGAUGCUGUCCGUGCUGCUUGCUCCGUCCUGCUGCAGCUCUCUGAUGGCUGGGUGGAAGCAGCACAGGAAGCGCUGCCCGUGGCUGAGCCCCCCCAGCUCCAGGUGCUGGAGCAGCACCGGGAUAUCACGGCACUGACCCCACAGAUCAUCAGCCUGGCCACGGAAACGGCCCCUGGACAGCUCCCUGCUCCAGGCAGGCUUCUCCAAAUGGCACUCGGGCUCUCGGGAAGGAUCCGGGACACUCGGGAGUGCCUGGCAGCUGUGGCAGGUUCUUGGAAUGGUCUGGCCCAGCAAGUGCUUGGAUUUAUCCUGUCGGGGGACUUUCCACGAGGGAAGCAGGCUUUGGAUGAGACUCUGCUGGGCUUAGCGGGAGCAGUGCAGGUGGCAGGAGACAUUGCAAGCACAGCCUGCGGCAAGGAAAAUCCCAAUCCCUCCCAUGUCCAGGAGAGCUUUCUGCAGCUCCAAGCCAAGUUUUCCCGUGCUCAGCUGAACACCAAAGCAUUCCUAGAGAAGGCAGCGUCCUUCAGGGAAUCCUGUGGGAUGGAAAAGGCCAUCCUGGAGCUGCACGGUGCCCGGUGGGCCAUUGGCAUGUGUGUCCUGCUGGAUGCCAUGGAUCAGUUUGUGGGCAGGGAUGUCCUGUUCCUGAGGGAGCUGGGCAGAGCUGUAAGGAGCAAGGUUGGCCCACGGAGCCUCCUGGCUGCCGUGGCUGAGAAUUCCCUCAGGUUGCAGGAGGCUGCCCGGCUCUCCUACUUAUCCUGCCCUGGAGACCACAGUGCCAGAGAAAUCCUGGUGCUCCGGGAGGAGAUCCAGGUGUUCAUGGAAGCACUGCUGGAUGUGUCCAACACCCUCCUGCACUCCCCACUGCCUGCUGCCAGCUUGGCCAUCCGCUUCGAGCUCCUGCGGGGGGACGUGGCCCUCAGGGCCAAGGCGUUGCUGCUCCACAUGGAAAGGGUCAACGUGGAACAGCUGCAGCUCAUCCAAGGGGUGGUCGGAGCAGCUCUGUCCAACCUCACCCAAAAGGAGAGGGAGAGGAGCAAAGAAGGUUUCGAGGAGAAGGCAAAUCAGCUCAUGGCUGAUGUCCAGUGGGUCAGGAACACCCUGCGGGAUGCUCUGGAGGCUGGUGCACAGUUUACAUCGCAGCCUGACCUGCUGUCCAUGGCUGAGCACCUCCUGCUGCUCACAGCUGACGUGCUGGGAAGCGCCCGGCAGCGCUUCCAGAGCCACCAGGACACUGGGAAUCCCUGCCAGGACACUGGGGAUCCCCACCUGGACAGCGUGGUGUGGUACUGGUCGGCCAAAGCACACUACCUUGUCACACAGCUCCGGGUUAUCCAUGGAAUGGACAAGGACAUCCUGCAGCGCCUCAGGGAAUGCCUGCAGCGGGAAAAACGCUUCCCAGGAUCACCCAACGGCACAGCCGGACUUCCCCCAGCCCCAGAGCCCACUGAGGCAGCAGGAAUUCAUCCAUGCAGGAGCAGAGGAGCGAGUGGAGCCGUGCAGGAAGUGGGUGAGCUGCGCCAGGAUCCUUCCAGCAUCUCCCCUGCAAAGCAGGAGAGAGGAAACUGUGACAAGUGGCAGGGUGGCCCCAGCAAGGUGUCCCAGGUGACCCAGGACAUGGCCACUAGGAUGCUGCACAUGGCUCAGUUCCUGCGGAGGAAAGGCCCCAUUGCGAGCAAGGAGCAGUUUGUUGCCUGUGCCAGGAAAAUGGUUUCUGAUGGGCAGGUGGUUGCUAAGUUUGGGAACAUCCUUGCCAAGCACUGCCUGGACCAGAGAUGCUCUAUGGAGCUGCUCCGUGCCACUGAGCACACCCAAUCCAUCAGCAGCCAGCUCGGCAUCGUGGCCAGGGUGAAAGCAGUGACUGGGGAGAGCAAGGCCUCCUCUGAGCUGCUGCUGAGCAACGUGCAGAACCUCAUCCAAGCGGUCCAGCACGUCCUGAGGGCGGCCGAGGCGGCGUGUGUCAAAGGUUUGGGACAGCCUUCAGCAGACCCUGAAGAAGAGGAAGUUGCUGCUUUCUGCCAGCAGUGGAGGAAAAACCUGACACAGCACAGAGCCAAGGAGGCUUUGAAUUCCGACCGGGAUGAAUUAGGGCUCCGGAAAACUCGAGGGGCAAAGGCUGAGCCCACCCUGAUGUCUCUGGUGCAAGAGCAACCCCCUCGGAGCAGGAACAUCCCAAAGCAUCCCAUUCCUAGGAAAGGACCUACAGUUAUGGACAGACACCUGUAAGUCCAGAGAGAGGCUCCUUGUCCUGAUGGUGUUGGAAGCAGAGGAGGAAAACUUUGCAGUGUGAAAGAUUCCUGCUGGAGUUAUUCAUCAUGGCAGGAAAAUCUUGGAACAGGCUUCAUGGGGAGGCCAGGAAUGUUCUGGUGAGUGUUUUACCCCUCAGGUGGUGAGAUGGGAUGGACAGGGCUUUGGAGAAUCCUGAUCCAAUGGGAAGUGUUGGAGGUGUCCCUGCCCAUGGCAGGGGGUGGAAUGAGAUUAAUUUAAGGUCCCUUCCCACCCAAACUAUUCCAGGAUUCUGUGAUCCAGAAAUGCUCAGGCUUUCUGCUGUCUUUCAACCUUUCCUCCUUCACACAUCCAGGGAUACAGCAGUGGGGAGCAUUUUGUCUCACCUGCUGCCCCUGAGCCUGCAGAUUUCUUCCCAAAAUCCCACUCAGCCCCAGGAUUCUCUCCUAUCCAGAGUAAACAUUCAAUCCCCAAGGUCACCUACCUCACAGCAUCCAGAGUACCCCAGACUGGUGACACUGCUGCUCCUGUAUCCUGGCUCUGCACAUCCAUCCUUCCCAACCUCAGGAUCACGAGUUGGAAACGGUGCUCUGUGCUGGAAUUCUGCAGGAGAGGUGGAAAGGAGCUUCCCCUGUGGGAUACACAAUCCAACAGCACAGCAGAUCACAAGUGGCUCCAUGGUGGCUGCAGCCCAUUCCAGCCCACCCUGGUGUCCCACCUGCAUCCCAACCACCUUCUCCAGACCAGGAAUUACUUGCGUGGUGGCAAGACAUCUCCUCCACAUUCCAUGGAAAGGCAGCAGCAGGCACACUGGAGACUCUGGGAAGCUAUCUGCAAUGGAUAAAGCAUGGGUGCAUGGAGGAGAGGAAG